AAAGGAGGAGGCCACUCACCAGCCUGUGUUAGCACAUCAAGCUACUGUUAGCUAGCCGGCGGCUAAGGAGCAGGCUAAAACAUCGGUUUGUCUUUAUGUCGCCCGUGUUAUCAAGUGAUGGCAAGAGAACGGAGUUCACACACCGAAGCUGAAUUAUAUUACCUCAUUGCCAGAUUCCUGCAGUCUGGGCCCUGUAAAAGAGCAGCGCAGAUCCUGGUGGAGGAGCUGGAGCAGUAUGAGUUGGUCCCUCAACGAUGGAGUUGGGAUGGGAAGAUUUACAAACGGACCUUUCAAGAUUGGGUAAGUGAUUUAAACCAGCACAUUCCUGCAGACUAUUUGCUCCGUGUCUGCCAGCGGAUUGGCCCACUUAUAGAGAAGGAGAUCCCACCUAGUGUUCGAGUCAAAACACUUUUGGGGCUAGGAAGACUCUUGCUUCGUACCACCAAAAGUUGUAGCCACAAAGUAUGCAGCGGUUCGGCUGUUGCUGCACUCCAUCGAGGACGUCCACCAGAACCCCCAGUCAGCAAUGGGGAGGCUCCCAAUGUUGUGUCCAUCAUGGGAGCUCGCCAGGCCACAGGCACAGCUCGUUUCAGCCAGGCACUGCCUUCUUCCUCCUACCAACACAUGAAGAUACACAAACGUAUCCUUGGACACCUUUCUUCAGUGUACUGUGUAGCCUUUGAUCGCACUGGUCGUCGAAUAUUUACGGGUUCUGAUGACUGCCUGGUGAAAAUCUGGGCAACAGAUGACGGCCGGCUCCUUUCAACUCUCCGUGGCCACUCGGCAGAGAUCUGUGACAUGGCUGUCAAUCACGAGAAUACUCUCAUUGCCUCAGCCAGCUGUGACAAAACCAUCAGGGUGUGGUGCCUACGUACCUGUGCACCCAUCACUGUCUUGCAGGCCCACGCUGCCUCCAUCACAUCGAUACAGUUUUGUCCGGCUAUUAGAGGGACAACACGGUAUCUGGCCUCCACCGGUGCAGACGGCAUGGUGUGUUUCUGGAAGUGGCACUCGAUCAGCACAACGUUCAAUGAUCAACCUGUCAAGUUUGUCGAGCGCUCACGACCAGGAGUACAGGUCUCCACUUCCUCCUUCAGCAGUGGUGGCAUGUUCAUGGCUACUGGCGGCACUGAUCAUUUGAUCAGGGUCUACUACCUUGGAGCUGAAACUCCCAUGAAGGUCUCUGAGAUGGACGCUCACACGGAUAAAGUAGUGGUCGUCCAGUUUAGCAAUAACAGUGACAGCUUGAGGUUUGUGAGUGGCAGUCGUGACGGCACAGCCAGAAUUUGGCAAUACCAGCAACAAGAGUGGAAGAGUGUCACUUUAGACAUGGCUGCCAGACUUCCAGGUAAGACGGCUGCUACAAACGGAGAUGAUAAAACCAAGCUGGUGGUGACCAUGGUGGCCUGGGACCGCACUGAUAACACUGUCAUCACAGCCGUGUCAAACUACCUGCUCAAAGUGUGGAGCUCAACCACAGGACAGCUGCUGCACAUUUUAUCAGGUCAUGAUGAUGAAGUGUUCGUCAUGGAAGCUCACCCCAUUGACUCCCGCAUCCUACUAUCUGCUGGCCAUGAUGGCAACAUUUACAUCUGGGACCUGUCCAAAGGAGUCAAAAUCCGAAACUUCUUCAACAUGAUUGAAGGCCAAGGCCACGGUGCUAUUUUUGACUGCAAGUUCUCAGCGGAUGGCCAGCAUUUUGCCUGCACUGACUCACACGGCCAUUUGCUCAUCUUUGGAUUUGGCUGCAGCAGGCCAUAUGAGAAGAUUCCUGACCAGAUGUUCUUCCACACGGACUACCGACCUCUUAUCCGUGACGCUAACAACUAUGUGCUGGACGAGCAGACACAGCAAGCCCCACAUCUCAUGCCUCCACCAUUCCUGGUGGAUGUUGAUGGGAAUCCUCACCCUACACAUUACCAGCGCCUGGUGCCGGGAAGAGAGAACUGCAAGGAAGACCAGCUGGUUCCCCAGCUGGGAUACAUGGCUAACAGUGAUGGAGAGUUGGUUGAGCAGGUACUUGGCCAGCAAACGGCAGAAAACAGAGAAAGCCUGCUGGACAAUCUCAUCAGGCAGCUACAGAAUGAACAGGACCAACUACAAAAUGCAGAGCAACCAGCAGAAGAGGAUGAAGCUCAUGCCGAUGAUGCAGCAGAAGUGGAGCCCUCCUCUCCAACUGAUGGACCACGCAGGACUGGCCCGGUUGACAGGGUGUGGCAGAUGCAGCAUAAUGUGCUGCGAAGUCAAGUGGCCACUGAAAGGGACCUGCUGGCCUGGAGCCGCAGAGUGAUGGUCAAUGAAUUACCGCAAGGGGUACACAGAGUUUUGGAGGAGUGUAGACGAGCCAAAGGCGACAUGGAAUGUUCUCUAUACAACACAGAAAGGCGCAAGAAACCUGCAGCAUGCAUACCUAAGAACGAUCCGCUGACAACACGCCUUCGUUCACUGCGGCCAUCCAAGAAAAAGCAGCAGCGCCACGCCUACCAGACCCGCUCCGCUCAAGUCCGUCGUCCUGGGACUAGGAGUCGAAAUUCAAGCAACCGACGAAACUCUGACAGCCAGAUAGAGUCUGAUAGUGAUGGAGAUGGAGCAGCUCAGGGGGAGCACAGCGAGGCCUCUUCUGACGGGGAAACUCAAUGGCAGACAGAAAGCAGCUCCAGUGACUCCUCGAGUGAAUAUUCUGACUGGACAGCCGAUGCUGGGAUCAAUCUCCAACCACCAAAGAGAUCAAGCAGGAGGCCUGUGCAGCCCCAAGGUUACAGCAGCUCUGAGGAGGAGGAGGAGGAGGAGGAGGAGGGCGACAACAAGGCAAAAGAUGCAAAGAAGAAGGAAAGGGAGAAAAAGAGCAAGCCCAAGGAGACUAAACAGAAACCCACCUCGUCUCUGGCUGGACUGGAUGCUGAGGAGUGGAUGCCGCCAUCGUGGGUAAUGGAGACAAUCCCUCAUCGCUCUCCUUUCGUUCCACAAAUGGGAGAUGAGCUUAUCUACUUCAAACAGGGCCACCAGGCCUACGUCCGGGCAGUCCGCAGGGCCAAGGCGUACAGCAUCAACCCUCAGAAACAGCCAUGGAACAGACUCGACCUCAGGGACCAGGAAUCUGUGAAAGUGGUGGGAAUCAAAUAUGAAGUGGGACCUCCCACCCUCUGCUGCCUAAAACUGGCUUUCUUAGACCCAGUCUCAGGGAAGAUGACCAAUGACUCUUUCUCCUUAAAGUACCAUGACAUGCCUGAUGUCAUAGAUUUUCUGGUACUUCAGCAGUUUUACAAUGAGGCUAAAGAGCACAACUGGCAGUCAGGUAUGAGGUUCCGCAGCAUCAUCGAUGACGCCUGGUGGUUCGGCUCUGUGGAGGACCAAGAGCCUUUGCAGCCUGAAUAUCCAGACAGCCUUUUUCAGUGCUAUGCAGUAAAGUGGGAUAAUGGUGAGCGGGAGAAAAUGAGUCCCUGGGACAUGGAGCCCAUUCCUGACGAAGCUUCAUUACCAGAGCAGGUCGGCGAUGGUGUGGAGGUGGCAGAGGACGAGUUAAAGGCUCUGCUUUACGAGCCUCAGGAGGGCGAGUGGGGGGCUCACACACGAGAUGAAGAAUGUGAAAGAGUCAUCCAAGGAAUCGACCUGCUUCUUACACUGGACGUUGCCAAGCUUUUUGCAUAUCCUGUAAAUCUCCGGGACUACCCUCUGUACUGCACUGUGGUGUCUUACCCCACUGACCUCAGCACCAUCCGCACACGGCUGGAGAAUCGCUUCUACAGGCGGAUCUCGGCUUUAAUGUGGGAGGUGCGCUACAUUGAACACAACGCCCGCACUUUCAAUGAGCCCCAGAGCCCCAUUGUAGCAACCGCCAAGGUGGUGACGGACGUUCUCCUUCACUACAUCAGUGACCAGAGCUGCACAGAUAUCCUGGAUCUGUAUCACAGACUCAAGUCUGAGGUCAGCAGUGGAGAAGAAGCUGAGGCUGACUUGGAUGUGGACUCUGACACUCCAGGAACGUCUUCAGGACAUCAGGGAUCAAAUUCAAAGAAGCGUGGCUUGUCAUUGGAUGUGAAAGCUUGGCGAGGUCAAUGUAAAGAGCUGAUGCGUCGAAUGAUUGCCUCGCCAGAUUCAGAACCGUUCAGACAGCCCGUGGAUCUCUUUGAGUAUCGGGAUUAUCGAGACAUCAUAGACACUCCCAUGGACCUGAGAACCGUGUCAGAGACGCUGCUGGGAGGAAAUUAUGAAAACCCAAUGGAGUUCGCCAAAGACGUGCGUCUCAUUUUCAGCAACUCCAAAGCGUACACACCCAACAAGAAAUCACAGAUCUACACCAUGACCCUCAGUUUGUCGGCCUUCUUUGAAAAAAAUAUCAUCUCCAUCAUCUCUGAUCACAAAUCAGCCAUUCAGAAUGAGCGCCGGGCUCAUCAGAGGCUCAGUUACAGGAACAGAUUGCACAAUGGAGGCAGCUCACCGCCCAUCAGUCCAUCCCCCAGCCCUAAAGGAAAGCACAAGUUGGGGAAGGUGUCAAAGCCAAACAAAUCCCAGACCUCAACCAAGAGUCGUUCUCGGAGGCCAUAUCAGGUUCAGCAAAGCGACAGUGUAGCAGAGGAGGAAGACGUCCAGCCUUCUUCCCCGAGUUCAGGGACAAGCAGCAAGAGCAGAGACCAGGAGUCCUCGCGGGUGACCCGCAGCCGCACAACUCCAGUGAAGAAGUCAGGGCACCGGCGUAACUUAAAUCUGAGUAACGGCUCCAGACAACGCCCCAAGCAGGCAUCGUCGCAGUCUGAAGACGAGGAGGAGGAGGAGGCGGCGGCGGCGUCUCGAUCCAAUAGCUCCUCGUCUGAGUCAUCCUCCACCUCAUCUUCGUCGUCUUCUUCGUCGUCAUCAGACAGCGAGAACAGCUCUGACACUGAGAUGGAGAAGUAUGUGGAUGGGGGAGACCACGACUACAGCAAAGCCCCCUGCCUCUCGGCAAAGGGGAAGGAGGCGGCCUCAGGGAAAAGAAAACACAAAGGACAAGAGGAGGCACAGAGACCCAAAAGAGCCAGGGUUCAGGCGCCUGUAGAGGAGGAGGAGGAGGAGGAGGAGGAAGAAGAAGAUGAUGAUGAUAAUAAUAAUAAUGAUGAGGAUGAAGAGGAGGAGGAAGAAGAAGAAGAGGAGGAGGAAGAGCAGCCACAAAUGCAACAGCAAAAGGGGAAUGUGAGACAAGAGGAGGAUGAGGGAGAGGAGGAGGAUGAAGAAGAGGAAGAGGAGGAACCGGAGGAGGAGGAACCGGAGGAGGAGGAACCGGAGGAGGAGGAACCUGAGGAGGAGGAAGAGGAGGAGGAAAACUCAGAUGAAGCGCACGGAGGAGCCACAGCAAUGAAGAAACAACCAGAGAGAGGCAGCCAGUGCAAGUCUCAGCGGGUGAACACACGAAACCAGGGCCGUAGGACAGUUUUGUACAGGGACGACUCGGAGGAUGACGCCCAUGGGUCAAAAGACGACCCUCUCAACCUGGGCAGGUCCCGCUCUGGGCGGGUACGGCGCAUGACAGAGAAAGCCCGCGUCAGCCACCUCAUGGGCUGGAGUCACUGACACAUCGCCCCCUCUCAAACCUCAAUAAAAAAGAAAACUGUCAAACGUGAGCAAAACUUCAGGGAUUUUUCUUCUUUCUUUUUGUACAAGUGUAUAUAUAAUAUAUCUAUAUAUAUGAUGUUUCUUUUUAUCUGAGACUGCUUAUGACUCAAACUCAUCGCUGGUGCUUGUGACACGUUGCCAUGGAGUUUCCUCUCUUGGUAGACGGCGCUACUGUUCAACACAGACCCUCACCCCCAACUGGACUAAGUCACCUCGGCCUUACUGCUCGCUGGCGGAGCCUCCAAAACAUGGCACUGCUCUUCUUCCACUUGUCCUCCUCCUGUACUAAACACUAUACUCCUCCUACGUCGCCUCUUAAUCCUGGUCACCAAAGAAGGAUGCAGAGAUGCCAAAAACGGUGCUCAUGUUUUUAUUCGUCUGGGUUUUUUUUUUUUUUUUUUCUGUGAAAUAACUUAACUUAAACCCAUCAAGCUAGUGGUCUCUACUUCGAAACUGAUGUCAACCGUCUUGGUACUCGGUCUUUUCUCACAACCGGAAGCCUUAGUUUUCAGAGUUUCAGUCAGAUUUAGUUCAAGCGUGAUUUGGGCAUGAUUUAUACAGAGGAAUCAGUAGUUUUAGUACGAGAGAAUUCAAUCUAGAGCCCGACCGACAUGUCUUUUGGCAAUAUGAUUUAGCCAGUAUAGUGAUGAAGACAUACAUUUUUGUCUUGAUACAUGCAUCAUAUAGAGAGCAGAUCAUUCUUCAUCACUAACAUCUCUCUGCACUGUCUGCAGCCCAAGUAGCAGAGCAUCACACCCGGGCACCAAGUGUGUAAUGACGUAAAAUAUUCUUUAAUUAAAUUGUUCAGGAAAGCAACGUGAACAGUAUCUACUUGUUCAUUAUCUGUAUUGGUCUCAAAGAUACUGAGUCGGUCUGGCUCUAGUAAUAUCCCACUUCCUUUUUGGUGUAGUUGAUUUGCCUUUUCUCUUGAAUUCCUACCUUUUUAUUGGUGAUUUUUUUUAAAUAUUCUUGGGUAAAAAAGCCACUGCUUCCUGUCCUGUUGUACAUCCUGAUCUGCAUCUGUUUUCAAAUUGCUUUCAUCACACCUUCUCCAACACCCAGCACAUGAAAAAGCAAGGGUGUCUCUGGGCUACUCUCUUGUGCAGAAAUAUUUAUUUUACAUUGUGUUAUUCUUGGUUUACGUUCUUUUUUUCUUUUCUUUUCUUUUUUUAACAACAAUAGUGAUGAGGAAAAGGAUAUAUUUGCACAUUGAUCUACUCCACGUGGCAGCUGAGUAAUAACGAUUUUUGGAGAAAGAGAAACAAGAUGAAACCUCAUGAUAUUUUAAAGAAUUUUGAACAUCAUUAGAAAGCAUUAAUCCUGUCUUUUUUUUUUUCUAAGUUAUAACAGAACAUGCUUAUAACAUUUUUUCAGCCUGAGGGAUCAGCUGAUGUACCAUUUUUAAUCUUCUUGUCUUUUGGCCUAAAGCAACCAUACAGCAGCUCUUUGCUCAGCAAUUCAAUAACGUGCCACUUUUUGUCCUCUUGUUUCUGACCAACUGAAGACACAUUUGACCUGAUAAACUACAAUCAGGUAUUUAUUUGCUCUCAAAAUCACUGUGUUUAAUAAUGAUUGAUUCAUGGGUCAAUUGGUUUGGUCUUUUGGAAGUUCUGCAAUAUGGAUGCAUCUUUUUUUUUUGGUUGCACUGGUAAUAUUUACUUUUGAGCAGUCUCUGAAUCAUCAGAGGAACACUUCCAUUUUAAUGCUGGGUGCUGAAAUCUGAACAACCUUGUCAGUCAGCCUCCAUGUGGUCACUGGUAUAAGAGGGGCUUCAGAGGUUAUUCUUUGUCUUUUUAUUUGGGGGGGGGAUGAUUUUUUUUUUUUUUUUGUCAGGUUCUCAGAGAUAAAUUACACAAAUCAGCAUAUAGGGUGCUCCAUUCUGCAGCAUUAACUGGCUUCUUGAAGUAUUUCUGGUUGAGUGUGAGUAGACUUAAAAUUCAUAUUUUGGGAUCUUACUUUCUUACAGUAGAUGGCUCUUGUCAGGACGCAUCAGUUUAGAUGAUGAGUACAACAAUAACAUUCUGCUGUAGGUGGAAUGAGUUUAUGUGACUGUCUUUUAUACACAAAGUUUGAUUGUAUGUGUUUUCCUUUUUUUUUUUUAAUAAAAAAAGUUAGACUU